AUGUAUGAGUGGGACCACACAGAGAAAGGGGAGCUGAAAGACACGACGGAGGAGGACGACUUUUGGAGGGAGAUGCGGCUGCGUAGUGUUUUAAACGCAGCUCAGAAUCCGUGUGGCGGUCACCGAGGCAACGUCGUGUGCUACAGUGACGCCAGCGUGAACCGGCUCGUGGUGAGGGGGCGUGACUGCCCCCCCUGCCCUCCCCUCCUCCGUCAGUGUGGGCGGCCACGGGGCGGGCCUGAGCAGAAACACGACACCCAGAGGACAUGGAGAGGAGCGGGGGGAGGAGUGCUGCCGCCUACCGCGGCUCCGGGACAGAGGCUCCGGGACAGAGGCUCCAGGACAGAGGCUCCAGUGGCGCGGUGUGGGGUCAGCUCUGGAGGACAGUGUGGUGCUCUGGUGUCCCGGGAUAAGAAGAGGAAACACGGAGAGCCCAGUGCCGCUGCUGCUGCUGCUAGGAACUGUGAGGAGAGGACCGCACUGACUUUUCUUUCCACGAGAUACUCCGCGGAAUUCGACAGGUCUCAGCAGAUUUACCCAGCGCUGCUCUUACAGAAAGGCAGAAUGAAAACACCUGGAGAUUCUGGUUUUGCGUUCCCAGACUGGGCCUACAAGCCAGAGUCCAGCCCUGGGUCCAGGCAGAUCCAGCUCUGGCACUUCAUCCUGGAGCUGCUGAGGAAAGAAGAAUACCACGAUGUGAUCGCGUGGCAGGGCGACUACGGCGAGUUCGUCAUCAAAGACCCCGAUGAGGUGGCCCGGCUGUGGGGCGCCCGCAAGUGCAAGCCCCAGAUGAACUAUGACAAGCUGAGCCGAGCGCUCCGAUAUUACUACAAUAAGCGGAUUCUCCAUAAGACCAAAGGAAAGCGCUUCACCUACAAAUUCAACUUCAACAAACUGGUUUUGGUCAACUAUCCUUUCAUCGACAUGGGCUCCACAGGAAGUGGCGUCCCUCAGAGCGCGCCCCCCGUCCCGACUGGUUCCAGCACUCACUUCCGGUUUCCGCCUUCGACUCCAUCUGAGGUCCUCUCUCCAAACGAGGACCUCCGCAGCCCAGGGGUGGUCUUCAGCUCUGUAGCUCGGCGGGCCCGGGGGUCUGUGAGCGACUGCAGCGACGGCACAUCGGUGAACUCUGAGAUCGAGGAGGGUCCCACCGCGCCGGCCGAGGAGAGAACCAUGGACCGGGGAGGCUACCGCGGCAUCAUCCACCCGCGCAUCAGUCACGACUCUCUGUUCAGGAUGUAUCCGGGAAAUCCUGCAGUGCACCCUAGAGGUCCCUCCAGUCACCGCGGCCAUUCUGAACCUCUGUCCCCGUUCCCCGUGUCCCCCCUGCCCGGUCCCGGAGGAGUGAGUCUCUUAGCUCCGCCUCUGUCUCCUGCGCUCUCCAUGACGCCCAACUCCCACCUCCCCUACACCCCCUCCCCCGGUCUGUCCCCCAUGCUCAGCUCGCACUUCUCCUUCAACCCGGAGGACAUGAAACGCUACCUGAAGGCCACGCAGUCGGUGUACAACUACGGCCUGAGUCCCCGAGCGUUCAUACAGUACCCCAACAUCAUCGUCCCGCAGCCGCACCGACCGGAGAAGUCCAGUCUGGCUUCAGAGCGGGGGCCGGCGGAGAGGACAGGGGGAGACAGACACCACCAUCCGCCGCUGGGUCACUCCGCUCACCACCUCUCGCACCAUCCGCACUCCGCACACCCGUCACACCCAAUGCACCACGCCCUGCACCUCGGGGAAGAGCCACCUCACAUGUCUCCGUUCAAGUUCAAGCUGCAGCCGCCGCCGCUGGGCAGGAAGCAGCGGGACGGCCAGGGCCAAGGGAAGCUCCGGCAGAGUUCUCUCUCCUCAGGCUCAGGGUCGAUGUCCUCCACGUCUGGCAUGGGCUCCUCACUCUCCUUCAGCAGCGACUUGAGUUCGGCCAGUGGCUCCGGCUUGGUCUCAGCCUCGUCUUCAACGCAGUCUCUCAACAGUGCUGGACUCCCAAAAAUCAAGGUGGAGCCCAUCUCUGACAUUGAAUCAGAAGAGGAGGUGGAGGUCACUGACAUCAGCGACGAAGACCCAGACGAGAGGGAUGAAGAUUUCGAGUUCUCUCGUUUCUCCAGGGCCCCACAACACCACCACCAACCCCACCACCACCUCCACAUGACGAAUGGCACAUCUCAUUCCCAUCACUCCCACCCUGAAGACGACCUGGAUGAAGACGUCUUUAAAGCCCCUGCCCCUCCUCCGCCUGGCCUCAUGCCCUUCUUUGCCUCACAGCACAUACAGUCAAACGCCCAUCGCGGACCACCCAUUCUGAAGACGGAACCGGCAGAACAAGAGGACGUCAGCCCUCCUCCUCCUCAGCCACAAUCAGCAGGAGCCACCCAGACCAAGUGCAUUCCGCUUAAACUUCGCUUCAAGAGGCGCUGGAGUGAAGACCAGCGCAUGGAGGCGUCGCAGGAGGAGACCGACGAUAAGAAAGUGCGACCAGAGGAAGAGCGGAUACGACGGACACAUUGUAAUGGGCGAGUGGAGGUGGAGGAGGACGGGACAGGCAGAGCAGAGGGAGAAAGCCCCCCUCCGCUUGUGUACGAAGGGUCUUUAGCCACUCCCCUGGUCCCACACCGCAGGGUGACUGCAGAGCUACAUCGUGCCACUGCACAACUGUCUCUGGAGAACAAAGAGUGCUGA